GCGAGUUUCAAAAUCGGAUUCAUUGUACGUUUAAAGAAUUGAGACACAAGGUCAAAAAUUAAAACUAAUCUUUCCAAAUUAGCAUUGAUUCAAAAUAGAUUCAUUGACAAGCAUGUUCAAAACUUAUCAAAAAAGUUUUUCUUUUUGUAUGAUUAUAACAGCCUUGUGGAGCUGCAAGGGGUCGGAGGUAUUGUGGCCUGUCACGGUUGAAACGUUGCAACCCGGGCCUCCUUCGCCAGAUUGGGAGUCUCUCAACUUCUACUUGUCCGGCACAUUUGGCGAAAGUUCUACCGCUUGCAAAGAAUUAAGUGAUUACUACUGUCUCGAUACCUACUACACGCAGCGAAAUUUCACUUUGCCUGAGAUACGUGAAACAGAGGAAGAAGCGAAAAAUGUUAACGAAAAAGUGCGCGUGAUGGAAAAUAUUCUUGGCAGAAAUUGGAAACACAUCAAUUUCAUAGAUGAAGACGAUCCAC